GCCCCAGCAGCCCCCGGGCGGAGCGGGGAGAUGGUCUCCAGAGCCGCCGAUCGGCUGCUGAUCGUCGUCUCCGUCCUGGAAGGACGCUAUUUUCCAAAACGACCCAAGCACAUGCUUAUAGUUGAAGCGAAGUUUGAUGGUGAACAGUUGGCUACUGAUCCUGUAGAGCAUGCCGAUCAGCCAGAAUUUGCUACGGAAUUGGCUUGGGAACUUGAUAGGAAAGCACUUCAUCAGCACAGGCUGCAGCGUACGCCUAUCAAACUCCAGUGUUUUGCCUUGGAUCCUGUAUCUUCAGCUAAAGAGAAUAUAGGCUAUAUCAUACUUGAUUUAAGGGCUGUGCAGGAAAAGAAACAGGCACCAAAAUGGUAUCCUCUGCUUAGUAACAAGUACACUAAAUUUAAAUCUGAAAUACAAGUAGGUGUUGUGUUGGAGACUGAUUCAAAAGCACUGGUCGAUGGUUUUAAAGCAAAGGAGGCACCCCCUAGAGAAGGGAAGGCAUCUGCCCUUCUUUCUGGACUAGAUGCUAAAAGUAUUGUACCAGUCUUGAAUGAAGAAGAGGGCUAUCAUCAAAUUGGACCAGCAGAGUAUUGCAGAGACUACUUUGUCUUGUCUGUAACCAUUGCGUUUGCCACACAGUUGGAACAGUUAAUUCCUAGUACUAUGAAGCUUCCUGAACAACAGCCUGAGUUUUUUUUCUACUACUCAUUACUGGGAAAUGAUGUCACAAAUGAACCUUUCACUGAUUUAAUUAAUCCAGACUUUGAGCCAGAAAGAGCUUCAGUUCGAAUACGUAGUACAGCUGAUGUCCUUCAAGUUUAUCUUUGUGCACAGUCAAAAUUGCAGAUCCAUCUUUGCUGUGGGGACCAGUCUCUUGGAAGCACUGAAAUACCCCUGUUUGGACUGCUGAAGAAAGGAAAUGCGGAGAUCGAUCAACACCCUGUGGCAAUAGAAGGAGCAUUUGUCCUUGUUCCACCAAAUAGAGCUAAACAGAAACUGCCGCAGUUGCCUUUGGAUAUGGCUCCUACUGUUGGGGUAUCUGUAAUUCUGCAAAGGGAGACCUUGAAUGCCCAGCCUUUGAUUCCCUUAAAUGCUCCAACUGAACCUAAACAGCCACAGGAGAAAGUUCUUUCACCUAUUAGUGGAAAAACAGAGGGCCUGCAGCAGAGAUCCCAGAAUGUCCCAUCUCAAGCUGACCACUCUUCUUCAACAGAAGAUGCAGCAACAGAAAGUGAAGUGGAAAGCCUUAAGUUUGAAAAAGGCACGAAACUAAAGAAAAAGGGGCUGGUGGCUGAGUCUUGCCAAGAGGUUAACAAACAGUAUACUGAAGAACUUCCAGUUUUCAAAUCGCAGAGCAGAGCGAAGUCACCUCUAUUGUCAGAUAUGCAAAAUUCCACUGAUAAUGGUCCAAUAGCUGCAUCUCAGCCCAACCCUGUGGGUGCAUCCAGUUCUUCUGAGCCUCUGUCAGCACAGAAAAUUGUCAUUCCAGCAGCCUCUCACCAUUUUUGCUUUUCAAUAGACUUACGAAGUAUACGUGGUCUGGAAGUUGGUUUUCCAAUAAACUGCAUUUUAAGGUACUCGUAUCCAUUUUUUGGCAGUGCAGCACCUAUUAUGACAAGCCCACCUGUAGAAGUCAGAAAGAACAUGGAAGUCUUUCUGCCACAGUCCUACUGUGCAUUUGACUUUGCAACUAUACCUCAUCAGCUUCAAGAUACAUUCUUCAGAUUACCUCUGCUGGUUGAAUUGUGGCACAAGGAUAAAACAGCUAAAGACUUACUUCUAGGGGUGGCGAGACUUCAGCUUUCAAAUGUUUUGGCUUUGGAAAAAACCCGGUUCUUGGGUGGUAAUGGUGAACAAUGCUGGCGUCAGACUUGUAAUGAAACAGUCAGUGUCACAGCAGCACAAGGGUCAGGCAACAGAAUAGCAGAGCUUUCGUAUGCUAUCACUUUGGAAGACUACGGGCUUGUGAAAAUGCAAGAAGUUGUGGUGUCAGAUUCCUCUCAAUGUGUAGGUGCUGGUCAACAACGGCAUGUCCCUCACACUCAGCCUCGUUGUGCCCCAGAAAACCAUCCAGAACCUCGAGAAACUCUUGAAUACAAAGCAGCACUGGAGUUAGAAAUGUGGAAGGAAAUGCAAGAGGACAUUUUUGAAAAUCAGCUUAAAAAGAAGGAAAUGGCCCAUAUGCAAGCACUUGCAGAAGAAUGGAAGAAAAGAGAUAGAGAGAGAGAAGCAUUAGUAAAGAAAAAGGUAGCAGAAUAUACUGUUUUGGAAGAACAACUUCAGAAAACCCUGAAGGAUCUAGAUAAGCGAGAACGACAGCUUUUUAGUGCUGAAUCAGAGCUUCAAAGAGUAAAGAAGGAGUUGCAAGCAGAGCAUGAACGAAAUCUGCAGGAGCUACAGGAUUCUGUGCGGCGAGCCAGAGAAGAAUGUGCACACCAGGUUGAGCUAGAAAGGUCAAAAAUCAAACAGCUGGAUGAAGACAAGCUUCGCUUACAGCAGCAGCUUUAUGAAGCAGAAAAUAAGCAUAAAAUUUUGGAGAAGGAGUUCCAGCAAUACAAAGAACAGCAAAGUAGCAAACCAGAAAUCCAGCUACAGUCAGAAAUAAAUCUUCUCACUUUAGAAAAGGUUGAACUUGAAAGAAAGUUAGAGUCAGCUACCAAGUCAAAGCUCCACUACAAACAACAAUGGACAAGGGCUUUGAAAGAACUUGCAAGGUUAAAACAGCGUGAACAAGAAAAUGCAAUGGCUCACCUUAAAAAGCAGCAACAAGAGCUGGAGCACAUGAGGUUGCGCUAUUUGGCAGCAGAAGAAAAAGAGCUGGGGAAGACAGACCGACAAGAGCUGGAGGAUAUCAGAAAUGAACUUAACAGGCUAAAGCAACAAGAAGAAGAGAGAAAGCAAUUGCAAGAUGUUAGAGAGAAUUUUGCUAGUAGAGUGGAUAGUCUUCAUUCUAGAAAAUUAAAUGAGGACAUGGAUGGUUAUCUCUCUCGUCUGAUAGAAGAGAGGGAUACCCUGUUGAGAACAGGAGUAUAUAAUCAUGAAGACCAUAUUGUAAGUGAACUUGAUCGUCAAAUCAGAGAAGCUAUUGCAAAAAGGAACAUCACUAAAUAAAAGCAUACAAAAAGUUGUUAAAAAGAGCCAAAAUCUGAACAGUGAGUGAUUUUUAUAAACCUGUACUACUUUGCAAAAUAUGUAAGACCAUGCUUGAUUUUGCACACUAUUGUUAGCUCUUUUUGAAGUCUGUAAAUAUUUGCAACGUGAAGUUAACCACAGUUGUAAGUUUUACGGGGGUGAUGGCUGUUUUUUAAUGGUUUUAUACUCAUAUGUAUGUAAAUAUAUUUAUCUUGUGUACUUUCUUCUGAAAUGUUUUCUACCUCUCUGCAUCACCCUGGCUAGGUUUAUUUGUAAUAUUUUUAAUAUUCAUUCUAAGAUUUUUGGUCAAUAUUGUCAUAAUUUCUUUCAAUUUUUAAAAAGAUCUCUUCAGCUAUACUAGGGAAAAGUGACAUCAGCUGUUUUCCCUGACAGAACUCUUAAUUCUGAAGUGCAGCACUGACCAAAUGUCACUUUUUUACUAAAUCACAAGAUAGUCAAUUUUUGCUUCUCCAACUGUAGCUAACAUAACUAAGUUCUGUAGUAAAUAAGAGACAAGGUUUUGAGUGUGUGGGGGGAAAACUCUCAAACCUUAUGAAACAAACUGAAUCAAAUAUUAAGUAACUAGCCUGAUUGUACAGGAUGAAAAUCCCUUUGUUGCCCUGGCAGUUUUGCACAUAGGCCUGUAAGGGUGAACCCGAGAAGGUGAAGACAUUGUUCAGAAAUACGCAUGCAUUCUUACAUCCAUCCCUAAUGAGGAAAGAUACUUGAAGCACUAAUUCCAUGAACUUAUACACUUUAAAUUCUGAACAUAUAUAUAAAACAAGAGCUUUUCUAAGUAAAGAUGUUUCCCUUAAUCAAGACCUAACCACUUUCCAGUUACAUAUAUUUCAAAGCAUGUUAUCUCAUUACCACUUAAAUUGUAUGUAAGAUUUCGUUUGAUUGUGUGAGUAUAAACAGGGCACAGUGUCAAGGUGUCAAAUGCCAGAAGAGAAACCCACAAGAAAUGUUAGUUUGUGCAUAAUCACAGUUCAAAAAGUUUUGGUUUCCAGCCUUCAUUCUAUUUCAGUAAUUUUAAAAUAAUUUGUGUGGAUCUAGCUAACAACAGUAACUUACAACACUGUCCUUUCCAUAGGCAUUUUUCUGUCCUGUAGGCACAAAUGUUUCUCUAUUUGAAUGUCAAGUACUGAAAACGUCUUAAGAUUUGUUACUUUUAGAAUGAACAAAGAUAGCAAUGCAAAAAUUCCUUUUUUUAACUUAAAAUCAGUGAACUUCCAUGGACAUGGCUGUAUGUGUGGCCUUCCUGUUUUGUAUGGUAUUAAUUAUAAAAUGUUUUUUUCUAUAUUGUAUCUGGCUUUGCCUCUAGGUGCAUUGUUUUUCCUCCUCCCUACCAUGGGUGUAUCUCCUUUUAAAUAAACUGUUUGUUUAGGCUCCUUAGAAAAGUUCUAAACAAGCUGUAUAAACAUAGAGAUCAUAUUCUGUGAGGAAUUAUCAUUUACCAAUACCAGACUUUGUAAGAAAUGCUUUUGUAAUACUUUGCACACUCCUGUGUUUUUCAAAUUAGUGUGCUUAAAGAGAUCCCUCUCCACUAGGAAAGCAAAUAACACCUUCAUAAAUACAAUACAAAUCCAUGAAAAAUAAUUUUACAACUUUUUCACGUUAUAGCUUUGUCAUAUCACUGAUGCAUGAUCAUAUGCAAUUAUUGUAAAUUAAUCGGGGAGCUUCUGUCUUGACAGGAAGACUUGCUCAUGCUGUUUUUCUUCAAAUGCUCGCUCACUUGCUGGAAGUGUAGUUUCUUCUUCAAACGCUGGAGGGUGCCUUAGACUUAAAGAUCAAAAGAUUAUGUUGACUAAAUUUUUGUAACUGGUGACUUUUUUGAACUGGUAUUCUGUGACUUUUCAGGUGUGUUACUUUAUUAAAUAAAAUUCAAAUUUUA